AUGAGUGCUUCAGGUGCUCGUGUCGACGUCGACGAUCGCGAUCCUCGUAUCCAAUAUUCCAACGGCUGGACUAGGGGAGAGAAUGGGGGUGCAUAUGACAGCACCUUGUCCUACGCAUUGGACCAGGGGUUGACGGCCACGUUAACAUUCACAGGUACUUUGGUUGGUGUCAUGGGCUGUAGCGGGGACACCAGCCGGUACGGAUGGCCAUCGGAGUCAUACGUCAUCGACGGUACAUCCUACGGCAUCCGAAGUGACCUCACCGCGUCGCCGGACACUGUAUAUUUCAACGUUACAUUCUUCACCUCGCUCUCGCUCACUCCCGGCGUGCAUACUAUCGUGCUCACAAACAUGAACGGGACCGUGCCGAAUACACUAUGCCUUGAUCGCUUCUGGUACAUCUCUUCAGACACUACUACCGCAGAUGUUCCACAAUCCACCACUGCCUCCAGUUACUUCCUCAACUCGCUCAACUCUCGCAAUAUCAUCUGUUACUGCUACUCCUCCAUCCUCGCCUUCUACCACCAUACCAUCCUCUAUCCUGUCCACUUCCUCUGCAAAAUCCACCUCCGCAGCCCCAUCCCCUGUCUCCGCUCUUUCGACCUCGAACGCUACCUCCAAUACCUCUUUCUUUUCCUCCUCCUCUUCCACCGCCCUCGGACUUUCUUCUACUUCUUCCACUACGCCAUCAUCUACGUGAGCUCCGCAUCAACCCGUCCGCAACAUCUUGCAGCAAUCGUAGGGGGAGCGGUGGGCGGAGCAGUGGCAGUCAUUCUCCUAGUGGCGCUGGGCUUUUACUACCUCAUCAAGCACAAACUAACUCGGGCACAACAAGUGCCUCACGAAGACGGCGUAGAAGAUGGCUUGAUGAAUCCGAGUCCGCCAUCGUCUGCCGGACACAGACCGCGUUUCUCCGUGCAGGACGCACAGGUCCCUCUCUCCUCCCCAGCGCCCGACGUGCGCAAGGAAGAAACAGCCUCCCCGCUUGCAUCUUCCGUCGUGCCCGCGCUUCCGUUGGCUUCGGCACACCAGCAAGAGGCCGUCUUGACGCCCAGGCCUCAAGCACCCGCAUCGGAGCCUACGCCGCAGACAUCCGGGGUGUCUUCGCCGAGAUCUGAUAUACAGCCCAGCUUCAUAUCCACGUCCAACCACGCACUUCUAUUGCACGAAGACGACGAAUUCGAAGGGAACCCUCCUCCGUACUACUAUGCUCGGUGA